AUGUGGUUGUUGCUCGUGAUCUUAGUGACGUGCCUCUUUUAUUAUUCCCGCCAUCGCUUGAGUUACUUCUCGUCCCGGGGUGUACGUACGUUGCCUCCGGUACCGUUUUUGGGGAAUUUGACAGCUGUCACUCUUGGGCGGGAAAAUUUCGUGGAAGCGAUCGCGGCGGGAUACAAUGCCUUCAAAGAUCAAAGAUACUUCGGUUUGUACCAAUACUUGGUACCGACGCUCAUACCUCGGGAUCCUGAGCUGAUCCGCCAGAUCAUGGUGCGCGACUUCAAUUCGUUCAUCGAUCGAGGAGUGCACAUCGAUGCUGACUGCGAUCCACUCUUUGGAAGAAACCUCAUCAUGUUGACUGGAUCAAAAUGGCGAUCGAUGCGUGCAUCUCUGUCUCCCGCGUUUUCGGGAGCGCGCUGCCGUAGUAUGGUGCCACUCAUGACCGAAAGCGCGUGCGCAGUCCUCAACUACUUACAAGAAAAAAUAACUGGGGAACAAGUCAUCGAUGUUAAUACUAUAACAAUGUCGUACGUGAACGACGUUAUAGCAUCAUGCGCGUUUGGUUUCGCAUCAGAUUCUCUCAAGGAUCCUGGUAACUGCAUCUUCAGAUUGGGGAAGAAAGCAGUCAUUCAGGACACUACACAGGUCAUGAAGUUCUUCGGUUACGAGAAUAUGAAGAGCAUUAUGAAGUUUCUAGGAGUUAAAUUAAUUCCCACACAAGACGCGGAGCAGUUUUCCCAGCUAUUCAAAUCUGCACUAAAGGCUCGAAGAGAGAACUUAGUGAAACCUAGACCUGACUUCAUUCAAGUUCUAGUUGACGCUGCUAAUGGAAAACUGAAAUCGGAUGGUGAGAGUGACGGCAACAACAACGAAAGCGCAAAGACCGCUGAGAAAUUCACUGAUGACGAUCUGGUGGCUCAAGCAGUUCUCUUCUACAUAGCUGGUUACGACACCACAGCCAACCUGAUCUACUACUUCUUGUAUGAAAUGGCCAUCAACCCAACAGUACAGGAGAAACUUCAUGAAGAACUGGACACCUUGCCUUCUGAAGACGAGAUCCCCGAUAUGUACGAGGCAAUUCAAGAUCUGGAGUAUUUGGAGAUGUGUGUAAAUGAGGUCUUGAGAUUAUGGCCUUUAGUUGGCUCUGCAGAUCGACGCUCGGUAGCAACUUACGACUUUGGCCCGACACAUCCUGGCAGCAAAGAUCGCCUUAUCGCCCCAGCAGGUAUACACGUCUGGCUACCAAUAUACUCGAUACACCGGGACGAGAAGUUCUGGCCAAAUCCCGAUGCCUGUAUUCCAGAGCGCUUCUCAAAGGAGAGGAAGGCAGAGAUAGUUCCCUAUACGUACAUGCCUUUCGGAAAUGGACCUCGACAUUGCAUUGGGUCCCGCUUCGCAGUUCUAGCAGCAAAAGUGUUCCUGGUAAAAUUCUUGAAGCAUUACAAAACAAAGGCUAUUCGACCAUCAUCGCGCCUAUCUCCGAUAGCUUUCAUACUAAGACCCAAAGAUGGCUACCAACUUAUUGUAGCGCCUAGACAUUAA